GAAGAUUUACAGACCACAAAGACCCCCACACCGGAGCCCCUGGAGGUGGAGACCAGGAAGAUCAUACAGAUGCACUGUAACCUGGAGCGGCGGGAGGAUAAGGCGCGGAUACACCUCACCUUGUACCUGACAAUGGAGGACAAGUUACACCGCCACCUGAGCUGCGACCUGCUGCCCAAUGAAAGUUCUCAGACUCUGGCCUCGGAGCUCGUGCACUACGGAUUCAUUAGCGAGGACGAUUGCCAGAAAAUGGCGAAUUUCUUGGAAGACGCCCUGCACAAGCACCGCCCCCCUUUGAACUGACAGUCGCCCUUGCUGCCCUGUUCGCGCCGGUAAAGAUUGUGUAUGGGACGACCCCGAAUGGCACAAAGUUGUCAGGUGGUGAAACCUGGCGGGAGCGGAGGAGACGCAUGAGGCUGCGCCCCCCCCCCCC